UGCUUUUCUGCCGCGGAGGGGAAGGAGGAGGAGGAGGGCUGGGGCUGGGGGCGGCGGCGGCGAAGCAAAAUGGGCGCGCCUUGAUGUGCGGCUAGGCGCGGGCAGGAGAGCCGCGGCUCCGCGAGAGAGAGCGAGCGAGCGAGCGAGAGAGAGGUCGCCCUAGAUCGACGCGCACACCUAUGUGUGUGUCGGCGGAGGCUCCCGCAGGGCACCCCGCCGCCGCCUCCUCCGCGCCUCCCGACCGGCUUGGAAAGCCUCGGCUGGCGCGACGCCGGGGACCGCCGCCAGUUACGCGCUGCGCCCCGCCGCCCCCUUUAUGUGACUCCCUCCGGCUGCUGCUGCUGCCGCCGCCUCCUCCUCCACCACCUCCUCCUCCUCCUCCUGCUGCUGCCGGAUGGCGAUAGACCGGCGUCAAGAGGAGGGUGGCGAAGGCCGGCAACUGCCCGAAGAGAAUGGCUCCCUGCCGCCCGGGGAGGCGGUCCCUGCCGCUGCGGCUACAGCCGCACCCCCGGCGGGGGGGGUGGCGGCGGAGAUCCAGAGCCUGCCUCCUCCUCCGCUGCCGCCGCCGCCUCCUCCCGCCGGGUCCUGCAGCCCCCUCCUCUUGGACUACGACGGCUCCGUGCUGCCUCUCCUGGGCGGGCUGGGCGGCGGGCACCAGAGAACCCUCGUCCUCCUCACCUGGAUCCCGGCGCUCUUCAUCGGCUUCAGCCAGUUCUCGGACAGCUUCCUCUUGGACCAGCCGACCUACUGGUGCAAGGGCACGGACGGGCGAGGGAACUGGACGGGCCACCCUCACCUGCCCGCCAGCGGGCUCUCGGCCAGCCACAACUACAGCCGAGGGAUGCUGGCCGCCCCCGAGCUGCCCACGCCGGAGGCGAAGAACACCAGUCAGUGCCAGUGCAGUGAGCGGCAUUAUUUGAUCACGGCGGGCCUGGAGCAGAAUGUCGUGAGCAAGUGGGACCUUGUUUGUGAUUCUGCCUGGAAAGUCCACAUUGCAAAAUUCUCCCUACUUGUAGGAUUAAUCUUUGGCUAUCUAAUCACAGGAUGUAUAGCUGAUUGGGUUGGUCGCCGGCCAGUGCUCCUCUUCUCUGUCCUAUUCAUUUUGAUAUUUGGACUGUCCGUGGCCCUCUCCGUGAAUGUGACAAUGUUCAGCACACUCAGGUUUUUUGAAGGGUUUUGCCUGGCUGGAAUAAUCCUUUCACUGUAUGCACUGCGGAUCGAGCUGUGUCCUCCUGGUCACCGUUUCAUGAUCACCAUGGUGGCAAGCUUUGUUGCAAUGGCAGGGCAGUUCCUCAUGCCAGGUUUGGCUGCCCUCUGCAGGGACUGGCAAAUUCUCCAAGCAGUCAUCAUCUGCCCUUAUCUGCUGAUGUUACUUUACUGGUUUAUUUUCCCAGAAUCUCUUCGAUGGCUGAUGGCCACACAGCAAUUUGAAGCAGCAAAGAAGCUCAUCCUUCACUUAUCUCACAAGAACAGGACAAACACAGAAUGUGAUAUCAAAGGAGUGAUGCCCGAACUAGAGAAAGAGCUUUCCAGGAGGCCAAAGAAAGUUUGCAUCAUUAAAGUGGUAGAAACCAGAAAACUCUGGAAGAACAUUGUUGUGCUGUGCAUAAACUCGUUGACCGGGUACGGGAUACACCACUGCUUUGCAAAGAGCAUGAUGGGUCACGAAGUUCAACAGUCGCUCACUGACAACUUCUACGCAGACUACUAUACCAUGGCAGGGAUUACACUGGCAUCCUGCCUGGCCAUGUGCCCAGUUGUCGGAUUCCUUGGGCGAAGAGGGGGACUCCUGCUUUUCAUGAUCCUCACGGCUCUGGCUUCGCUUCUACAACUGGGCCUUCUCAACUUGAUUGGAAAAUACAGUCAACUUCCAGACUCAGGUAUGAGUGACAGCGUCAAGGACAGAUUCUCCACUGCGUUUUCCAUCGUAGGCAUGUUUUCAUCACAUGCAGUUGGAAGUCUCAGUGUUUUCUUCUGUGCUGAAAUCACGCCGACGGUAAUCAGGGGCGGUGGGCUCGGUCUGGUCCAGGCCAGCGCAGGCUUCGGUAUGCUGACGGCGCCCAUCAUGGAGCUCCAUAACCAGAAAGGCUACUUCCUCCACCAUGUGAUCUUUGCCUGCUGUACGCUCAUUUGCAUCAUCUGCAUCCUCCUCUUGCCCGAGAGCAAAAACCAGAACCUGCCAGAGAACAUUCCAGAUGGUGAACAUUACACCCGGCAGCCCCUCUUGCCACACAAGAAGGGGGAGCAGCCGUUGCUGCUGACAAACUCUGAGCUCAAGCACUACUCCGGCCUCCACGAUUCGGCAGCCGUGAGCGAUGGAGUGACUGAGAACGUCACUGCCAAUGGGAUGAAGGCUAUGUAGCUGGAUGGCUGGUGGAGCUUAUUUUCGGCCUGGGAAGUAGUUUCCACACAAGGUUUACAGACCAGUGAAAGAAGGGAUGGAUACACAGGGGAAAUGGACUCUGCUGCUAGCGCCACUUAUUGUAGAGAUUGUUGAUCUGGGGUGCAAAUUGCUUUGGAAACAGUUAUGGGGAAAGACACAUCCUCAGAGCAAACUGGCUGGAGAUAACCGCCCAUCAAAACUUUUUUCCCCCCUGCCAUGAAUUAUUUCUAUUUAUUUUGAUUUGUUUUUCCCGAGAAGCACUUUAUACCCUUUUCCUCUGGUUGACCACAAACAUAAAGCCAUGUUGUUCUCAAGAAGCGCAGCCAUUCCAAGAAAGAAAUCAUGGGUUGUUGUGUUUUUUUAAUUAUUAUUGUCUCCGUGUUUUGUUGGAGGACUGAGACCUCUGUUGCUGCGACAAUGAAUUCAUUAACUGAUAUUUUAAGUUUGAUGCAUUUUCUUUGUCUCUCCAGAUAAUCCGACUUCCCACCUAUCCACCCCUCCCCAGGUGAACCUACUGUAUAAGUGUGCAUACAAAGCUCUGCCUUGAAAUUCCAACUGCACUAUAGGCAGCAAAACUUCAAAGUUUGGCUAGUGA